AUGCCCCGCGCCGCCCCGCUCCUGCUGCUGCUGCUCAGCCUGGCCCAGCGCCGCGCCUGCCUCUCCGGGCCGGUCAGCGCCGCGUCCCCCGGCCCCGCGGGGGACCCCUGCCUCAGCCAGCCCUGCUGGAACAACGGCACCUGCUCCCCGGCGCCGGCCCGGGGCCCCGCCGCCCCCCGCCGCCUGCCGCUGCCCCAGCCUGCCUACAGCUGCGCCUGCCCCGCCGGGGUCACCGGCACCCAUUGCCAGUUUGUUUCAGAUCCUUGUGCCAGCAACCCUUGUCACCAUGGUAACUGCAGCAGUAACGGUGAUGGCUACCUCUGUAUUUGUAAUGAAGGCUAUGAAGGUACAAACUGUGAACACGCAUUUCACAGCCUUCCAGUCUCUGGAUGGGCAGAGUCACUGCCACCAAGACAAAUCAGGCCAGUAUCAGCAACCUUGGAACCUGACAUUGUUUUACCCCAUUCAAGAGCAACUGUGACAUUACCUACUUGGCAGCCAAAAGCAGGACAAAAAGUUGUCGAUCUAAAAUGGGAUGAAAUAGAGAUAAUCCCAGAUGUAGCUUGUGGAAAUGCCAGUUCUAACAACUCUGCUGGAGGCCGGCUUAUCUCCUUUGAAGUUCCACAGAACACAUCAAUAAAAAUAAGGCAAGAUGCCACGGCUUCUCUUAUCCUGUUGUGGAAGGUUACAGCAGUUGGAUUUAAACAGUGCUCACUUAUAGAUGGUAGAAGCGUUACUCUCCUCCAGGCACUGGGUGGACUUGUUCUUUCUGAGGAAAUGCUUGCAUUAGGAAAUAACUACUUUAUUGGUUUUGUGAAUGAUUCAGUUACUAAAUGCAUUGUGGCUUUACGCUUAACUGUGGUAGUAAAAGUCAGCACCUGCAUGCCUGUGGGAAGCCACUCAGAUGACUUUCAGUGUUUGGGAAAAGGAAAAUGUAUCACAAAACCAUCUGAGGCAAUGUUUUUCUGCGACUGUGAGGAUCAAUAUAUGGGUGCUUUCUGUGAAGAAUUUAACGCCUGUCAAAGCAGGCCCUGCCAGAACAAUGGAACCUGCACUGAUGUAACACAAAAACAUGAUGGGAAAAAUUUCACCUGCACUUGCCCUACUGGUUACACUGGAGAACUAUGUCAGUCAGAGAUUGAUCACUGCAGCCAAGAGCCAUGCAGAAAUGGUGGUACCUGCUUUUCCAAUAUCAGUGGAUUCAGUUGUCAAUGUCCAGAAGGAUUUUUAGGAUCUUCUUGUGAAGAGAAAGUAGACCCCUGUGCUUCAUCUCCCUGCCAGAACAAUGGGACCUGUUUCGCAGACAGACUUGCUUACUCCUGCAGUUGUAGUCCUGGAUUCACGGGACCUACCUGUUCUCAGCUGAUUGACUUCUGUGCUCUGAAUCCUUGUGCACAUGGCAUUUGUCGCAGUGUUGGAACCAGUUAUAAAUGCCUCUGUAUCCCUGGUUACCAUGGCCUCUAUUGUGAAGAGGAAUAUAAUGAAUGCCUUUCUGCACCCUGCCAGAAUGCUGCCACCUGCAGAGACCUUGUCAAUAGCUAUGAAUGUGUAUGCCUUGCUGAAUAUGAAGGACGGCACUGUGAAUUAUACAAAGAUCCUUGCGUUAACAUCAGCUGUCAAAAUGGUGGCACUUGUGACAGUGAAGGUCUAAAUGCUACAUGUAUCUGUGCACCUGGAUUUACAGGUGAAGAGUGUGAAUUUGAUAUAAAUGACUGUGACAGCAAUCCGUGUCAUCAUGCUGGGACUUGCAUAGACCAACCCAAUGGUUAUACGUGCCAUUGUCCACACGGCUGGGUUGGAGCAAAUUGUGAAAUACAUCUGCAGUGGAAGUCUGGGCACAUGGCAGAGAGUCUAACAAACAUGCCUCGUCAUUCCCUCUACAUCAUAAUUGGAGCCCUCUGUGUCGCAUUUGUCCUUAUGCUGAUCAUUCUGAUUGUGGGGAUCUGUCGCAUCAGCCGCAUUGAAUACCAAGGCUCUUCCAGGCCAGCCUAUGAGGAGUUCUACAACUGUAGAAGCAUUGACAGUGAAUUUAGUAGUGCAAUUGCUUCUAUCCGACAUGCCAGGUUUGGAAAGAAAUCCCGACCUGCAAUGUAUGAUGCAACCCCCAUUGCUUAUGAAGAUUACAGCCCUGAUGACAAACCUUUGGUCACGCUAAUUAAAACAAAAGAUUUGUAA